GAGGAAAGAUGGCGGCUCCCAUGGCUUCGUCGGAGCCGCAGGCUUCGGGGGGUUCUCAGCUCCCGGUGUGUCUGUUGGUGCUGGGAAUGGCGGGAUCUGGAAAAACCACCUUUGUGCAGAGGCUCACGGGACACUUGCAUAGCCAAAACUCGCCACCUUACGUGAUCAACCUGGACCCCGCUGUACAUGAUGUGCCCUUCCCGGCCAAUAUAGAUAUUUGUGACACAGUGAAGUAUAAAGAAGUAAUGAAACAAUAUGGACUUGGGCCCAAUGGUGGCAUAGUGACCUCACUCAAUCUCUUUGCUACCAGAUUCGAUCAGGUGAUGAAAUUUAUUGAGAAGGCCCAGAACAUGUACAAAUAUGUCUUGAUCGACACACCUGGACAAAUAGAAGUAUUUACCUGGUCAGCUUCUGGGACAAUCAUCACUGAGGCCCUGGCAUCCUCAUUUCCAACAGUUGUCAUCUAUGUAAUGGACACAUCACGAAAUACCAACCCAGUGACCUUCAUGUCCAAUAUGCUCUAUGCGUGCAGCAUCUUGUAUAAAACCAAGCUGCCUUUCAUUGUGGUCAUGAAUAAAACUGACAUCAUCGAUCACAGUUUUGCAGUGGAGUGGAUGCAGGAUUUCGAGGCUUUCCAAGAUGCCUUGAAUCAAGAGACUACAUACGUCAGUAACCUGACUCGUUCCAUGAGCCUCGUGUUAGAUGAGUUUUACAGUUCACUCAGGGUGGUCGGUGUCUCUGCUGUCCAGGGUACAGGCUUAGAGGAGCUCUUUGUGCAGGUUACCAGUGCUGCAGAAGAAUAUGAAAGGGAGUAUCGCCCUGAAUAUGAACGGCUGAAGAAAUCACUGGCCAAUACCCAGAGUCAGCAGCAGAAAGAACAAUUGGAGCGCCUUCGGAAAGACAUGGGUGCUGUGGCCUUGGACACGGGGACUGCCCCAGACAGCGUAUCUUCUGUGAUGGACCCUUCUGACUUGAUCCUGACCCGAGGAACCUUGGAUGAGGAGGAUGAGGAAGCAGACAGUGACACCGAUGACAUUGAUCACAGAGUUACAGAGGAAAGCCGGGAAGAGCCAUCGUUCCAGAAUUUUAUGCAAGAGUCAAUGGCACAGUACUGGAAGAGAAACGACAAAUAGGAGAGACUGGAGGAAAUAUUUCGUCAGUAGUUUCUUGAAGUCCAAGGUUUUGAACUCUGUACGCAGGCACUCUCCUGCCCUGGCGCGGGUGGACGCAGAGGUCCCUUAUUAGAAAUACAUCUGAGACUUGGAUGAAGCCAGGGCUAGAAGGCCCUCGACACCUGGAAGGCAGACGCUGCUUUCUCUUAACUUUCCCUUAGGCAAGGAUGUACCUUGGAUGCUCUUGGAAGCUGAUGUCCCUUCAGGCCUGAAACAGCUUCAAGUUUUAUUAUUUAGAAUUCAAAUACCUUUGCUGCUGAUGGACAUGUGGAUGAGAGUGCUGUUACUCUGUUGACUUCAAGUCUUUUUGGUUGGAUCUGUAGCUUUUACUUUCCUGGCACCUGGCUCUAGACCCUACGCUAUGAAUUCCUCUGUUAGGAGCCAGGGGGAGGGGGAACUUAAGCUUGCUCAGGAGCAGUGGAGUCUCCUUGGCGACCAGUCCCUGUUGGUCUGAAAUGUGACUCACACUGAGCAGAUCAUUGUAAGACGGCAGGGCUGUUGGAGACAGGAUUAAAGCAGAAGAAACCCUUUGAUGACUUGGAUAAAAUGUUUUCCAGCUCAUAAAACCUGACCUGUUGUGAUUUCAGAUUGGAAAAUUCUAUCAUUGCAAAUAGAUGUUUCCUGUUCAAUAGGGAGGCCACAUGUCCAAACCUGUCUAAAGGAAGGAGGUGAUGUUUGCCAGUCCUUUGUGCAUACAUAUCUAGUGACCAGGCAUACAGCCAGGCUCUUUGUAUUGUAUUUUGAACUUCUGAAAGUUUUGUUGGUGAUUUACUCAAUGCCAUGGAUUUGGGUCGUGUGCAUAUCCCAUGUUUCACAGCCAUGGUAAGGUCUGCCCUACCUCCACAUUUUUUAUGGCAUCUUAAAACAGUAUUUCUUUCUAGAAUAGUGGUUCUCAACCAUCCUGAUGCCACGAACCUUUAAUACAGUUCCUCAUGUUGUGGUGACCUCUAAAGGGGUCAUGACCCCUAGGUUAAGAACCAUUGUUCUAGAAGCUAUCUAGACUAGUUGGGCAGUAUCACCUCCUGAGGGGCACUGAAAUGAUCCAGACUCGCUGCCAUUGAGUCAGUGCUGACUCAAAGCCAUCCCUGUGGUUUCUGAGACUGUUCACAGGAGCAGAAAGCCGUCUUCCUCCCUUGGAGCUGGUGGGGGUUUCAAACUGCCCGUCGUGUGGAUCGCAGCCAAACCUAAACCAUCAGGGGGGCUACAAAAGCAGAGACCUACACUUUAUCCUGGAUUAUGGGCUAUAGUGCAAAAGCUUUUAAUUGCUAGGGGCCGUAGUUUUUUCCCCCUGAACGGUGGCUGGCAGGCCAAAUCACUUGGGAACUUUGUAGCUCCAUGAUUCUCAAAAGCACCCAUCCCUGGGUCAGGAGCAUUGGCAUCCCCUGGGAACUUUGAGAAAUGCACGUUGCUAGGCCCUGCUAAUCUAGUCCUGUGAAGCCAAACUGAGUGUGGGGCCCAGCAGUGUCUAAUAAGCAACUCAGCCCUGGCAUAAUUCCCGGCCCUUGAUUCUCAGGUACCAGUCCUCAAAAUAACCUGACCUAAGAUUCAGAGUAUCAAAGGACCCUAAUCUCCAUCGUCUGGUGGUGCCUAGUCUCUAAAUAUUCUAAACAAUAAAGUUCUUUUACCAUGAA